UUUGCUCACCCACGCAAAGAGCAGUGGACUCCACAAAUGUAACAGUCACCUGGUCUCCACUACCUUGUGCGGAUCAUUACGAUGUGGAAUAUGCACUGAGCCAUAAAGAUGGUUGCGAACAGAUCAACUCACUGAUGUAUGACCAACACUGCACAUGUCGGGAAAGUCAAACCACUGUAAAUGGUUUGAUGCCAAACUCUCAGUACGUUGUACAAAUCAAGGCCUAUGUCAACGGUGCUUAUGGACCACCGGCAACGACACAGAUCACUACCACCUCAGCAGCACCGACUGGCCCACCCACACUGGUGACGACUGAAUCUAUUGGCCAACGCAAUCUCACUUUCACCUGGAGUUCUCCAUCGUGUGGAGACCGAGGCGGUACCCUCACGGAAUACGUCUAUGAGCUGAGUAGCCCAAAUACUGGAUGGAAGACUUCUGCACCUAUAUCUGCUGAGGAAGUCACAAUAAAUGAACUUCUCCCCUUCACAAAUUAUAGUUUCCGAGUAAUCGCAAAGAACAGCGUCGGGAAUGGCCCGUUCAGUGAAGCAGUAACUGCGAGGACUUUGGAAGCAGAGCCAACAGUUCCGUUGAAUGUUCACAUCCAGUCGGUGGACAACGUUUCUGUCAUUCUCCGAUGGUCGGAACCAGACCCUCCAAGGGGAGUUAUCACACACUACAAUGUUCGCUACUGGAAGAGUGCCCAAACAGAUACUAUGGAGACUACAGCGGAUGUGAUGGGAUUGAUGCAUCGUGUGGCAGGGCUGGAAGCGAGUUCAACCUACCUAUUUCAGGUGCAAGCCACAACAUCAGCUGGUGCUGGUCCUUGGAGUGAGGCUAUCAACACAACGACAGCAAUUGGAGUUCCAGGGCCAAUAAGAAACCUUACUUACACGGAGAGGACAGAAACAUCGAUCACUUUGUCGUGGAACCCACCUCUGGAACCUAGAGGGCCCAUUCUCGGUUACAUAGUGGAGUACAGGAUUUUAGAGAGUCCUCAACCACACCUACCUGCAGAGAACGCAUAUCACAGCAGUGAAGUUCAGGGAUCACCUUUUCUUCAGAACAACCUCAAUUCCGGCACAAAAUAUGAGUUCAGGGUCGUGGCGAGGAAUGGGAUGUUCCAGGGGACUCACGAUGAAGUCUUGGUGGUGUAUACGAAGCCGCUAGAUCAACGUAUACCGCCUCGACCAACUCUCCAUCAAGCCGAAACCACAGAUACGACAGUAACAAUUAGUUUCGUUGCCCUGGGGUCUGAAAAGCGCAUCGAAUCACAUGUUAUCCAUGUAAAGAGGCUUGGUGUUUUGUCAGUCAACAAGAGGGAUGUCCUCGUACCAGGAAGCUACGAGGACCCAGCUAGCGGGUACAUUACGGCCAAAUUUCUCAAGAAUAACCUCCCAGAGAUAUUUGUAGUCGGAGAUUCUAAGAUGUAUGAUGGCUACUGGAAUGCACCGCUACAGAGAGAUGCUGUCUACAACAUCAGGGUGGGGUCUCUUACUCAAGUCAACGAAAGGGAAGUCAAUGUAACAUACUCAGAGCCACUGACAGUUACUGUGCAACCUUCAGAACCUGCAGAAAACCAAAAUGCAGCAAUUAUAACAGCUGCCGUGCUUGGUCCAAUUUCGCUCGUUCUUACAUUGACUGUCGUCAUUACAUGUGUGAUAUGGAGAAGACGAAGUCUGAAAAGUACCUCCAAUGAUUCCCUGCUGCCAGGAACUGUGGAAAUGAUGGUCAAACCUUCAGCUCACUCCCCUGAGUCUGCUGGUGCAGACAACAGGGACAGUGUCAUUUACGAGGACACGGUUCUUCCUUCCGGGACACAAAAAAUGGAUAUCAAAUGGAAGAAUUUGAUCGUUGAGGACGUAGUUCUUGGCAAGGGCAACUUUGGUGAAGUACGGGCAGGAGGCGUUCGGGUCAAAGGCGAAGUCACCAAGGCAGCUAUCAAAACACUAAAAGAUGGCGCUUCUGAUUCUGCUGUGAAGGAUUUCAAGGAGGAAAUGCAGACAAUGGCGAACAUCAAGCCUCAUCGUAACAUCGUUUCUCUCUUGGGGGCGUGCUAUCAUGAAGGGAUUUUGCACGUCGCACUUGAAUAUCUUCCUAAUGGCAACCUCCGAGAUUAUCUGAGGAGAAACCGCCCAAAGCAGGAACAAGGAAAGGAGCAAAACACCGAAACAUCUCAUUUGACUUCUUUAAACUUAUUGACAUUUGGUGCAGAUGUAGCAACAGGAAUGGACCAUCUUUCUAAGACAGGGAUCAUCCACCGUGACUUGGCUGCAAGGAAUAUUCUUCUUGCUGAAGACUUAACCGCCAAAGUCUCUGACUUUGGCCUUUCCAGAGGGGAGGAUAUCUAUGUUCAGAAAUCAUCGACACGGAUUCCAGUCCGCUGGUUGGCCAUAGAAUCCCUGACUCGUCGUAUCUACAAGUCCAAGAGUGACGUAUGGUCGUUUGGAAUCCUGCUGUGGGAGAUAGCAACAUACGGAUCCACCCCAUACCCUGGGAUUGAGAGCAAGUCACUGGCUCAAAGAUUGUUAGAUGGAUACCGCAUGCCUAAGCCGGAAAACUGCACCGAUGACAUCUAUAAUCUGAUGCUGGAGUGUUGGCAGGAGAUUCCAAGCAGACGUCCGACCUUUAAAGAAAUCAACGAAGUUCUCGAGGACAUGAGCGCCCAUUCGAAUGAACAAAUUUACAUGUCACCCACCAUCUACGAAAACUUCAUCAUCAAGAAAGAAUUCGACGAUAACUAGGUCAAUGCAAUGGCCCAUAUCAUAUAAAGACUCAUUGUGGAAAUCAUUCUGAGUGACUAUUUGAUUCCUUUCAAUGUUUUGAGUUGGAAACAUACUGAUACAGAAUUUUAAGAGCAAGCGAUCAAUAGGCAUAUAUUCGUACAUACACGGAAAUACUCAUACAGUAAUAAAUAAGUGUAGUUAUCUUAAUUCAAUUGCAUAAUGAUUAGAUUAGGUAUUUUUGUAUUUCAUUUCAUAGCAAAGGGCUCAAACCGCGUUUUGUGGAUAUUUUCUAAUAAAUAGCUAUAGCUUCGAUAUCGUAUGUAACCUUAGUAUUUGAAAUACCUGCUGGUAAUUUACCUUCCACAUAUUUAUAGUAUUUAGUGCAGUUAAAGGUUUUUUUUCUGUUAUUUUGUAUCCCGUUUUGUUCGUCUUUGCAAGUUCAGAUACCCUGAUGAUUUGUAAUUUGAUUGAUGUGAUUUGCAUGCAGUGAAUCUACUCUUUCGGUACCCUUUCGGAAGAGUUCUGAUCAUCAUUAUUCUGUCUACUUCAUUUUGUCGUUUAAAUUUGAACUGUAUGCAUUGCUUGGUAAAAACGUGUAAAGUGUGAAAAAAUCUUAGAUUGAAUUUCUUUUCCAUUGAAACAUUUCUUUUGGCUUUGAGUUAAUUUUGAGAAUUUUACACUUUACUUUCAAAUUGUUGAUUUGAAUUUGAGUCAGGUGAUUGACCUUAUUUUUCACCUUGCUUUGUUAUAAUAAAGAUUUCAAUUUAAGUUACUUUAACUUGACUUUCGUUUGCCUUCAGAAUUAGUUUGCUCUUCCCUUGUGCGUUACUUCAUAGCCUGGUUUGAAAGUUCUCUCUUAAACUGCUCGAUGGAUUUGUACUUCAGGGUGUUAUUGAAUACUUAUUCGUAAAACGGUUUAAUAGUCAGUAACUCGUUUUCAAAAACCAAGCAAAUGUUGUUGCACUACUAUACACUACCAACGUUAUUAUUAUUAUUCGUUUGAAAUUGUCUACAGUAAAUUCUCGAUAACAUUGAUUUCUAGAAAGUAAACUUUGAUGUAUAUACUCAGAUGUAUAGGUCAAGCUGUGAUUUUCGAUAUAAAUAACUUUUUGUUAUAUUUGUACUAUUCUAAGAAGUUAUUAAUGAAAUAAACCUGAUGCAAAUUACGAAUAGCAGCAGGAACACGGUACAAAUUUGUCUGCAUCGUAGACUUUGUUCAAGCCUUACAGUGUUGAUAACACAAUUAAAUACCAUGCGUAAAGGAAGGCAAAGCAGGUUUAUAGACAAUAUUGUUUAUUCACACUAACAAAUUUACUUUCUUUAUGUCAUCAGCUGCAAAGUUUCGACAACACUAGCUUGGGGUCAGAAAAGCCACAUUUAAAAUGACGUUUUCCCGGUGUUUCUUCUUCUCAUUUCCAAAGACCCUUCAAACUCGUUACUCACUUUAUUAAUCACACACUCAUCGUGUUGAAACAUAAGUGAACCUACAGACAGUGUCUUUCAUGUAUUGUCUAUACAGGUACCUAUACCUCUACAUAAAGGGAAUGAAGCUUGCAAGUACAGCCUCUCUCUUAGCUCCAUCUUACAAAUAGACCCUUAAACAAUGGUUGAACUCCAGGUGCACAGAUCUUUUGAGUCGAAUAGAAACGCAGCCUGGUAACCUUGGGAAAAUUGCACUUUAUAUGCGU